AUGCCGCCCGUAAAGUUAGGAUUUCUUUGGAACCGCGCAAAAAACGGAACACCACUACAAGAAGAUUUCACUCGCAUACACGAAGCCGCGCCGUUUAGAAAAAAAAAUAAAACACACACAUAUAAAUUGCAUGCAGUUCGAAAGGGAUGCACUCAGAGUCAUAAAAUACGCACACAGGUGCAGAGAACACUCACACCAGCUUGGACUUUAUACUGCAGACACGUAGCCACGUAUGACGUCGAACACACACUAGAAUAUCUAAGAAAACCUUGCAUGUGUUGUGGAAAUGCUUUUCUUGCAACCUCUCGGGAAGAGUUUCAUAGCGAAUACCUCGCGGUAAAGACAUCUCGUUGUUAA